AUGACGACGACUAAGACGACGACGUUUCGGAUUAAUUUGGUGGCCGGAGAAAAGAAUGUUUCAGAAAUAAACGUGAAGGUGUGUUCCGACGUGAGCGUCGAAACCCUAAUUUUGGAGGCGCUGCAGGCGGGGGAGGAUCUUCAGUGCUAUCAAUUACUGUCUCUCUACUCUUCCUCCCACCCUUCCCAAUACGCUCUCUAUUACACCAAAGUUAGCCGAAAAUGUAUCGACAGGAAAGAUUGUGUAAGGAAUUUGGCGACCAAGAGACUGUUUCUGCGGCCUAUCAUGGUGGCUGGAGAGCGGCGGCGGGGGGCGGCGCCGGCGGACUCUUUUACGGUGGCCAGAUGGUGGUGGCUAGGACUACCGUUUCCCUGGUGGUUCUUUUGCUGUAAUCAAGAUUAG